AUGACACCCUCCGACGUGGUCGACAUGUGCCGCGAAGCCCUCAUGAUCGGGCUGUUGGUCAGCGCCCCGGUGCUCAUCACUGGCGUGGUCGUCGGUCUGCUCAUCGGCAUCAACCCGGAUCACUUCUUAAUCUUCACCCUGGUUCUCAUCCGAAUCAGUGGGCUGGUGGUGACCGCGCCAAUCUUUGGCGAUAAGGCCGUGCCUCCGCGUAUCAGGGGAAUGCUGGCGUUUGGGCUUGCGCUACUCCUCACCCCCACGCAGAUCGACACCGUAAUCCCGCCGCCAGAAAACCUGCUUGGCUUCGCGAAGCUAGCCGGCGGUGAAAUCCUGGUCGGGCUCACACUGGGCCUAGGGGUGAUGUUGCUCUUCAGCGGUGCCCAACUCGCCGGGCAACUCAUCAGUCACCUUUCCGGGAUGGCCCUGGCCGAUGUGUUCCAGCCGGGCCUGGAUACCAGCCUGCCGGUAUUUUCGCACUUGCUGUACCUGGUCUCGUUGGCCGUGUUCGUGCUCAUCGAUGGCCACCGCCUGGUGAUGACCGGGCUGCUCAGUGCAUUCUCGGCCGUUCCGCCCGGUUCGGCAGGCGUCCCGCUUUCGGCUGCCGAGGCCUUCACCGAACUGCUCUCCCAAAGUUUCAUGCUCGGCAUCCGCACGGCCGCCCCCAUCACGGUCGCACAACUGUUGGGCACGCUGGUCCUAGGGCUCAUCAGCCGCACGUUACCUCAACUCAACGUCCUUGUGAUGGGGUUCGGUAUCAACGCCUUGGUUACGCUAUCACUGAUCAUGUUCACCAUGGCCGGUAUGGUUUGGGUAUUCGAAUCGCAAAUGGAACCGCUGCUCGAACUGGCCUUCGACGCAGUGAACCUGCAGAAAGCCCGCGAGCAGGGGCAGGUCGCGCGCAGCCAAGACUUAAGUUCCGCUGCGUUGUUGUUAGGCGGCCUGCUCGCCUUGCUGUGGAUGGGGCGGGGCAUGGUCAACUUCUUCUUCGAUAUCACCCUCGAUCACCUCGGCGGCGAUGCCUGGCUUUCGACCGAUGUCGCGACAAUCAGCAACCAGAGCGUCGGCAUGGUCGCAGGCAUCGCAGGCAUCUUCCUCCCCAUCCUGGGCAUCAUUGUGCUGCUGGCCGUCGUCUCGAACGUGCUGCAAGUCGGCUUCAUGUUCUUGCCCGAGAAACUGGCCCUGAACCCCGGGCACGUCAAUCCGCUGAAAGGCGUCAAACGAAUCUUCUCCCUGCCGGGCGUCGUUCGCUUGGGAUUCGGCAUCAUCAAGAUCUGCAUCGUCGGCGUUAUUGCCGGCAUUUCGCUCUACAGCCAGCGCGACGAAAUCCUGGCUCUCUCCGGCCUCUCGAUUCCUCAGAUCGCUUGGUUCCUACCAGAGAUCUUGCUGUGGACUGCCAUCAAGAUCGCAGUCGCGCUGCUCAUCCUGGCCCUGCUCGACUACGCGUUUCAGAAGUGGAAGCACGAGCAAGAUCUGAAGAUGACUAACCAGGAAGUCCGCGAGGAAAUGAAAAACUUGCAGGGCGAUCCGCAGAUCAUCGCCCGCCGCCGUGCCGUUCAGAGGCAGUUGGUCCUCAACCGCUUGUCAUCAGCCGUGCCGAAAGCCGACGUGGUGAUCACCAACCCCACCGAGCUGGCUAUCGCCAUUCAGUACGAUACCGAAACCAUGCUGGCCCCCAUCGUCGUGGCCAAAGGUGCCGGCGUCGUCGCGCAGCGCAUUCGUAGACUGGCCCUCGAGAACAGCAUUCCGGUGAUCGAGAAGAAACCCCUGGCCCAAGCCCUCUACAAACAGGUCGACGUCAACCACCCCAUCCCCCGCGACCUCUACGCCGCAGUGGCCGAAGUGCUCGCCUAUGUCUACCAACUCAAAGGCAAGCCAAUCCCCACCCCACCCAACGCCCGCGAUGCAGCGUAA